UCAGUUCUAAGGUCAUUUAAAAUCCACUAAGCUAAGAAGCUGUUCAAUGAGCAGAUUUCAGUGAUUUUGCAGAAGAAUUUGAUUAUAACUGGACACAUUAUUCACUUAUAAGUGGAAAUUUGAAGGUAUUAAAUCUUGGAGAAAUGGCUUUCAUUCAUUUGGAUAUCAGAUGCCUAUAUAUCCUUCUUAUCUGCACAGCAUUUGGCUCUACUUUGUCUUCAAAUGCUGAGAUAAAAGUUAAUCCUCCUCAGGAUUUUGAAAUAGUGGAUCCUGGAUAUUUAGGCUAUCUCUAUUUGCAGUGGCAACCUCCACUGUCUCUGGAUAACUUUAAGGAAUGCACAGUAGAAUAUGAAUUAAAGUAUCGAAACAUUGAUAGUGCAAGCUGGAAGACGAUCAUUACUAAGAAUCUACAUUACAAAGAUGGGUUUGAUCUUAACAAAGGUGUUGAAGCAAAGAUACACACACUUCUUCUAGGGCAAUGCACAAACGGAUCAGAAGUUCAAAGUUCAUGGUCAGAAGCUACUUAUUGGAUAUCACCACAAGGAAAUCUGGAAACUAAAAUUCAGGAUAUGGAUUGUGUAUAUUACAACUGGCAAUAUUUACUUUGCUCUUGGAAACCUGGCAUGGGUGUCCAUUUUGAUGCCAAUUACAACUUGUUUUAUUGGUAUGAGGGCUUGGACCAUGUGUUACAGUGUGCCAAUUACAUCAAGGCUAACAGAAAAAAUAUUGGAUGCACGUUUCCCUACUUGGAGUCAUCAGACUAUAAAGAUUUCUACAUCUGUGUUAAUGGAUCAUCAGAAUCCCAAUUUAUCAGACCCAGCUAUUUCAUUUUUCAGCUUCAAAAUAUAGUUAAACCUUUGCCACCAGACUACCUUAGUUUUACUGUGAAGAAUUCAGAGGAAAUUAACCUGAAGUGGAGCAUUCCCAAAGGACCUAUUCCAGCAAAGUGUUUCAUUUAUGAAAUUGAAUUCACAGAAGAUGAUACUACCUGGGUGACUACCACAGUUGAAAAUGAAAUAUACAUCACAAGAACAUCAAAUGAAAGCCAGCAAUUAUGCUUUUUAGUAAGGAGCAAAGUAAAUAUUUAUUGCUCAGAUGAUGGAAUAUGGAGUGAGUGGAGUGAAGAACAAUGCUGGAAAGGUGACAUAUGGAAGGAAACCUUAAUAUUUUUCUUGAUACCAUUUGCUUUUGUCUCAUUACUUGUUUUGUUAAUAACUUGCCUGCUUUUGUAUAAGCAAAAAAAUUUGCUGAAAAUGAUUUUUCAUACAAAAAAAGAAGCCUUUUCUAAUCAGGAGAUACACUGAUGACUCAGUAAAUUCCAGGCUUAUGGCCAAAUGUUAAACAAGAGUCUUAUCAAACUGAUUU